CCCCCCGGGACCCACGAUGCGCGAGCUGGCCAUCGAGGUCGGCGUGAGGCUGCUGCUCUUCGGCGUCUUCGUCUUUACAGAAUUCUUGGAUCCAUUCCAGCGGGUUAUCCAGCCAGAAGAGAUCUGGCUUUAUAAAAACCCUUUGGUGCAAUCAGACAACAUACCUACGCGUCUAAUGUUUGCAAUUUCAUUCCUUACACCACUAGCAGUCAUCUUUGUGGUGAAAAUAAUCCGUCGAACAGACAAGACUGAAAUUAAAGAGGCUUUCUUAGCUGUCUCCCUGGCGCUAGCUCUGAAYGGAGUCUGCACAAAUACUAUCAAACUAAUAGUGGGAAGACCGCGUCCCGAUUUCUUUUACCGCUGCUUUCCAGAUGGAGUAAUGAACUCUGAAAUGCACUGCACAGGUGAUCCAGAUCUGGUGUCUGAAGGCAGAAAAAGCUUUCCAAGUAUCCAUUCUUCCUUUGCAUUUUCAGGCCUUGGCUUUACCACCUUCUACUUAGCUGGCAAGCUGCACUGCUUCACGGAGAACGGCCGGGGGAAGAGCUGGCGGCUCUGUGCUGCAAUUCUGCCUCUCUACUGUGCCAUGAUGAUCGCCCUGUCAAGAAUGUGUGAUUACAAGCAUCACUGGCAAGAUGCUUUUGCUGGAGGGAUCAUUGGCCUCAUUUUCGCUUAUAUUUGCUACAGACAACACUACCCUCCUUUGGGUAAUACAGCUUGUCAUAAAUCUUAUGUCAGCCUGCUAGAUCAGAAUUCAAUGAAGAAAGAAGAGAGACCUACAACAGAUAAUGCUACUGGUCUUCCUCUAGAGGGAAUAACUGAAGGACCAGUAUGACUUUGAGAAAUGUGCRGAAUGAACUUUUAGCCUUCUCGCAUUUCCUCCAAACCAGUCUCUUAACAUGGUAUUUCCUACUAUACAUUUGGUCUGUGUUUUUUCUUUUCUUUCGUUCCUUUUUAUAAAAAAGAAAAGAAAUAUUUUAUUUUUAAUGCUCUAAUAUCCUCAUACUUUUAAAGGUAAAUAUCCAAUUCAUAUUGACUUGCUGAAUUGUCUGUUUUCAGUCUACUGCAAAAGAUGGCUUAUCUGGGGGAGGGGAAUGAUUGUUAAUGAAAAAUUCCACUUGGAGAUUGAUUAACAGAAUUUUUAGGAGGAUAUGGCUUGAAGAUAUAGUAGAUCUGGAAACAGGUUUUCUGAGGUACUGAGUAUCUGCU